AUGAAUGAUAAGUUCCUUUAAUUAAGAAAUAAUUAUUGCUAUCAAUACAACAAGAGAAUUAUUAAAAAUUAUGAAUAACCCUAGUAUUCUUAAAGAUUGAAAACUGAAACUCCCCCCAUACUCAAAUAAAAUAAGUAUACAUACCACUCGCCAAGGAAAUUUAUUUAAGCAACUUAAGUUUCAUUUUUUGAUCAUUUUAAAAAGUUUCCAACCCCUAAACUGACUGCUUAUUAGACAUACUUACAAACACUUCUAGAAAAUAAAAUCGAAAUUUAGGCCAAAUAGAAAUAUCAGCCAUCUUUCACAAUGCAUAAUAUUCACGGUCAGAAAAUUAGCACAUAUAAAUAAAUAAAGGAUCCCAUAAAAAACUAAUCUAAAUAUCACCAUCAAAAUAAAUCUGAAAUAAAAAUGCCGUAAAAAAUAAAGCCUCUUAAUAAAUCAUCAUUCAAUUCACCUCGAAAACUUUAAGAAUCAUAAAAAUAAAUAUCAAUAAACAAAUUUCAUAAGAUUAACGAUAAUAUUAAUAUGUGUAGAGCAUCUAAUGGAGUCUAAGUUUUAAAAAAUGAUAAAAUUGAAAAUUAUGAAGAUAAUUUUGAUGAUAUUGAACCUUGGAACACUUCUGAACAAAAAUGA